AUGGCAUCCCGAACCAUGGCCCCCAUAGCACUUCCACUGAUUCACCUCCGUCAACAGCCACGUCCUCAGUUCCCGAAUCCAGGAUACCUGCCGAACGGUACCACCACAGGGCCGACUCCUGGGGCUCAGGCGCUAUUGCCAAACAACGGCCGCAUCAUUCAGUCCGGGCCCAUUCGAGUUCUUUGUAUUGCAGAUGUCAGAGGAAACCUUAGAUCUCUGAAUGAACUGGCAAAGACCGCGAAGGCCGAUUACAUUUUACACACCGGCGACUUCGGGUUCUAUGACAACACCUCGCUGGAGAGAAUAGCCGAGAAGACACUGAAACAUGUCGCGCAAUAUUCUCCGCUCCUUAGCGAACAUGUGAAGCGCCAAAUCGCCCAGCCUCAACCUCAGCGGCCGAUCAAGCAAAUGUUCACACCCGACCAACUACCCCUUUCAGAAUUACCACUUCUACUCAACAAGCAAAUCACCCUGGACGUACCAGUUUAUACGGUAUGGGGAGCUUGUGAAGAUGUGAGAGUGCUGGAACGUUUUCGGUCAGGCGAGUACAAGGUGGACAAUCUGCACAUUAUCGACGAAGUUAAUUCAAGAUUACUUGAUAUUGGCGGAGUAAAAUUGAGACUUCUCGGACUCGGUGGCGCAGUCGUUAUUCACAAGCUAUUUGACAAUGGAGAAGGCAAGACCUACAUUGCAGGCGGACAAGGGACCAUGUGGACGACGCUGCUUCAAAUUGGCGCUCUAAUCGACACCGCAAACCGCGUGUACGAUCCCUCAGAAACCCGCAUCUUCCUGACACACGCGUCCCCUGCCAGAGACGGCAUUCUGAACCAACUCUCUGUCACUCUCAAGGCCGAUUUUUCCAUUUCAGCGGGUCUACAUUUCCGAUAUGGCAGCUCGUACAACGAAUUCUCUGUUAACCCAUCUCUGGAUCAUUAUCGCGGAAAGUUGGCAGCGUCCAAAGCAUCCUUCCAGGACGUGUGGGAAACGGUCAAGAUGGACGUGGAGCAGGCGAUCGAAAACAAUACCAAUCACAAAGCUCUCCUCCACAGUGCCUUGGAAAUUGUAGAGAAGAUGCCCAGCACUGCGAAUGGAGGCAAUCCUUUCGGCGGACCUGUGGGAGGUGGACCUGGGGCAGGUCAGGUGGACGAAAGUGCCUUUAAGAACAUGUGGAACUUCAAUCUCGCGGACGCUGCAUUCGGGUAUCUCGUCUUGGAAAUCGAAGGCGGUCGUAUUGGGACAGAGAUGCGGGCGCAAGGCUUCAACUUUGCUCAUCGAGGAAAACCCACGGGGCCUCCAACGGCUCCUCAACAACCGCCGACAGGUCCAGCGUCUGUGGGCUCGGGUUCCAUGCCUCCUGUCCCGGCCUCGACCGGUCCGGCUCAAAACCGCACUCCUGCCUUCUCUGCGCCGACACAGCCUUUCCCACAACAACAAAAGUCUCUACAGCAACAAGCGCCACCUCAUCAGCAACAGACCAGACCCGGUCAACCCCCCCAACCCACACCAACCCCUACCGCCAAAACAGGAACUCCCCCUGUAGUAGGGUCUCCGGCACCGCCUGUGUCCCAGGCCAAGCCAUUGACCCCCCAACCCUCAUCCUCUGGGGUUCCAACAACUACAAUCGCAGCCACCAACGGUACGAGUGGAGAGAAGACCGGUGAAGGCGAGGCUGCUAAAGCCAAAGCUGCAACACCUCCUUCCGAGCGCAGACCACCAACUGCCCUUUAUGUGUCUCAGGCCGACAGUGAACAACAUAUCCGAGACUGUUUUGGUGAUGAGGACCGCGAAAAGAUCAGAGCCAUUAGCAGAAUGGGCAAAUUCCCCAACUGGAAGGUGCAGUUCGAGACUCACGAGAUUGCCGAGGCUGCUUUGACCAGAGUGCAAGGCGAAGCGCAAAACCACAAGAACUCUUCCGGCAAGGUCUUCAUCAACGCGACAAUCACAGCCAAGGCGGUGUUGGGACAUGGCAACCCAGUAAUCGGGGCGCGGCUGGGUCGGCCAAUACUCCCACGCGUGGAGGAUAUCAGAGUGGAGGGGCAAGUGAUAGUGAAGGCGGCCGAGGGCGAGGUGGAUUUCGCGGACGUGGGCGCGGCAGGGGAGAUGAUCGAGGUGGCCGUGGCGGCCGUGGUGGUGGACGAGGCACUUACCAGAAGACUACAGAUGGAGCGUCCGACAACAAGCCCGCAGAUUCGAAGCCUAGCGAAGUAA